UUCUGUUGAAAAAUAUUACGACAAAGUCCAAAUCAAGUUUUUGGUACCAAAAUUAACCAGGUAAGAGAAACAGAGGCAGGGGCGAAGCCCGUUCGAUUUUGAUUUCUCUUCUGCGAAAUCUUCUUCCCUUCCAAAUGGAUCUGAAUCCGCAUGCGGAGGAAAGUUAUGCCCACCCUAGGAUUUGUCUCUUUCACGUGUUAUUCAAGGCAGGAGCUUUGGCUUUCUACAUCCUUUCAGCUCUCUUUGUUAAUAGCUUUGUCAUUAUUUUUGUGAUCACUGUUCUUCUCGCUGCUCUUGAUUUUUGGGUAGUGAAGAAUGUGAGUGGCCGUAUCUUGGUUGGUUUGAGGUGGUGGAAUGAAAUAAAUGACGAGGGUGAAAGCGUGUGGAAAUUUGAAUGCCUUGACCAAGAGUCAAUGGCUCGAAUGAACAAGAAGGAUUCAUGGUUAUUUUGGUGGACCCUUUACCUUACAGCAGUUGCAUGGCUUGUGCUUGGAAUAUUCUCUCUCAUAAGGUUUCAAGCUGAUUAUCUCCUGGUUAUAGGAGUUUGCCUCACACUCAGCAUUGCAAAUAUUGUUGGCUUUACAAAAUGUCGCAAAGAUGCCAAGAAGCAGAUACAAGCAUUUGCAUCCCAGACCAUUGCAUCUCAGUUCACAUCUAGACUACAAUCAGCGUUUAGCGUCUGAAUUGUCCCUGCAUCACAACACGGGUGCAAAUCGAAGAAAAUGCACGUGAGAAACCUGGAAAACUGGUGGUGACAUAUACCUGAUCAACCCUUCGCUCAAAAUUUCGAAUUUGGUUCACGUUAGAAGUUCUGUUGUGGCAUUACAGGGUGGAGUGGUUGCUCUGCACCACUUGUUGGAAUUUUGAAUUGUUUGUAUAUUCAGAAUACGGGAUAACCUAGAGAUUUUGUUUUCUUUAAAAAAAAAAAAAAUUUGAAUGUUUGGAUUUCUUGUGGGUAUUCUAGCUUAUGCCUCGUCUAUUUGUAUUUGUAUAAGACCUCAUGUGUCCAUAUUAUUUUCGACUUCACCCUUGCAAUAGGAGUGGAGUACCUCCAAAUGUGAUCUUAAAAUUUCAUUUCUUCAA